GACCUUAUGUCGACACGGAAGCAGCGAGAAGGACUACGGCCACGGCUGGGAGUGCAUGAAGCUGGACAAGAAGGUAUGCACCUACAGGGACGAGUGCAAGCAGGUGCGCACGGACAAGUGCAAAGAGUACGGCUACGAGGACAAGUGCCACUACGUGCAGGGCAAGUGCAAGGCCUACAACCAGAAGAAGCAGUGCAGGGACGAGAAUUUCUGCGUGGAGUACAAGCAGGAGAAGAAGUGCAAGGAGAGGAGCGUGUGCAAGGCCUACGAGCAGGUGCACGAUUGCAAGCCCAACCACAAGUGCGACUCCUACGACCAGUACGGCAAGUGCACUCGGUACGGUCAGGACUGCCACUACAAGCAGGGCCCCUGCAAGGAGUACAAGACGGAGAAGCACGACUGCAAGUACCACCCCACGGACGUGUGCAUCAAGUACGACACGCGCAAGGUGGACUGCAAGUACGUGAACACCGACUGCAAGGAGUACGAGCAGGUGCAGAAGUGCGACAAGGUCAAAGGGGGCUGCAAGGCGUACGAGUACAACAACGACUGCAAGAAAGUGGAGGACGUGUGCUACAAGGGCAUAUGCGAGAAGAAGAAGUAUAAGCCGUCGCCCUCUCCCUACCGCUCGCCGUCGCCCUCUCCCUACCGCUCGCCCUACGGUGGUUAA